GCUUUUUAGUGCGAACUUAAUGCUGCGUAGUACCGGCAAGGUGGCGCUCAAGAUGAUCGAUAUCGGAGCGAAUCUGACGGACCCGGUUUUCACAGGCCUCUAUCGCGGCAAGCAAAAGCACGAGGUGACUUGCCACGGUUCUGAGGGCCUCUUCAUUAGUUUACACGCUUUAACUUGUUGUUGUUUCCUCGCAAUUCAGUCGGAUCUGACCGCCAUUCUGGCCCGCGCCAAGACUUUCGGUGUUGACAAAAUCAUUGUCACGGGUGGAAACCUUGAGGAGAGCCACAAGGCGUUGCAACUGGCAAAGGAAAAAGAGGGUAAUGGGCUGCCGCAACUGUUCUCAACUGUCGGGGUCCAUCCGACGCGUUGCAGCGAGUUCGAAGCGAACGGAAAAGACCCUGACACCUACUUUGCAGAACUACUGGCUGUGUGCGAACAAGGCCAAAAAGAAGGAAAAGUUGUGGCAAUCGGAGAGUGCGGACUGGACUACGACAGACUCGAGUUUUGUGAUAAGGCAACGCAACUCAAAUACUUUGAGAAACAGUUCCAAUUGGCGGAAUUGACCAAGUUACCACUCUUUCUUCAUAAUAGAAACACGGGAGGGGAUUUCUACGAUAUGAUUUCGAAGAAUCGGUCGAGAUUCUCGAAUGGCGUUGUGCACUCCUUCACGGGUGAAAAGGAAGAGAUGCUUAAGCUGGUGGAGCUCGGACUAUACAUUGGUGAGCUGCUCAAGGAUUAACAUGUAAAACAGAUAUGAUGUUUACAGGUUGAUUUGCUGGUACAGGUGUGAACGGAUGCUCGUUGAAGACUGCGGAGAAUUUGGAGUGUGUUAAGGCUAUUCCACUUGAACGAUUGAUGAUUGAGACUGGUACGACUACACAAAGACUGAUCUCUUGGUAUUGUAUUUUGGCUGAGAACUAUUGUAAAUGCGUGUUGGACCAUUAUGAAAACAGACGCGCCUUGGUGCGAUAUUCGAGCGACUCACGCAGGCCAUGGCCAUGUGAAGACGUCCUGGCAGAGCAAAAAGGCUGAGAAGUAUGCACCGGACUGUCUUGUCAAGGGCCGUAACGAGCCGUGCACACUCAUCCAAGUCCUUGAGAUCAUUAGUGCCAUUCGCGGCGAAGAUCAGGAAGCCGUUGCUGCCCGCGUACUUGAAAAUACGGAGAAUGUGUUCUUCAAGAACGAGUAAUUUUCUCGAACAACACGGAGUGGCAAUCAUAACAGUUUUUCCAAUGCCUCCAGGUCCAAGACUCACACGUUGUAGAUACCCCCAAUGUAUCAUCAAACCUUUCGGUUGUCGACUACUACUGCCGUUUGUGGUCGUCCCCGCGAUACAAAAAAAUUGUUUGGUGUCAUUUAUUCAAUCAUGAAGAUUCAGGGGUGUUCAGCUUUAGGCUGGGAGAACAGCAAUAAAAAUGAUCGAGGUGUUUUGCCUAACGGUUCGAUGCUGGGACUGAAGUCCUUUUCGGCAGAUGAGCGAGGUGAAUAGGGAUUUCCUGGGAAGCCAGCUGAAAUCCGUGUGAGCAGCCUCCAGGCGCAAUUGUCGUCUUUUGCUUAACCAUGAUAUUUUUCAAUUUGAG